AUGACCAUCAACAAGGCAAUGUGUGACUUAGGGGCCAGUAUCAAUCUAAUGUCUUCCUCACUGGUGAAAAAGCUCUGCAUAGAAGAAGUGAAACCAGUACAGAUGUCUCUAGAAUUGGUGGAUAAGUCAGUGAUAUAUCCCAGGGGUGUGAUUGAGAAUCUUCUAGUAAAAGUGGACAAAUUCAUCUUCCCUGCAAACUUUGUGGUGUUAGAUUCAGAUGAGGAUGAAGGUGAUUCCAUUAUACUGGGGAGACCAUUCUUGGCCACUGCAAGGGCCAUUAUAGACGUAGAGCAAGGAGAGUUAACCCUCAGAAUGUAUGAUGAAAGCGUCACCCUGAUGUAUUUCCAGAGAUACAUCUCAUAG